AUGCCGGUGGUCAAAGGAGGUGUCUGGACGAAUAUCGAAGAUGAGGUGCUUCGGGCGGCGGUGUCCAAGUAUGGUCUCAACCAGUGGGCGCGAGUAUCUUCACUGCUAGCCAGAAAAACACCUAAGCAAUGCAAGGCUCGAUGGGUGGAAUGGCUGGAUCCCGGCAUCCGGAAGGUCGAGUGGUCGAGGGAGGAGGAUGAGAAGCUACUGCAUUUGGCCAAGUUGAUGCCCACUCAGUGGCGUACGAUUGCACCGAUUGUUGGACGUACGGCCACUCAAUGUCUCGAGCGCUACCAGAAAUUGUUGGAUGAGGCGGAAGCUCGUGAAAACGACGAGUUUGGUCUAGGAGGUCCUGAGGGUGGGGAGACCGCUGCGCCAAGUGCGGACGAUGUGAGACGGUUACGGCCUGGCGAAUUAGAUCCCGACCCUGAAUCGAAGCCCGCUCGCCCGGAUACAAUUGACCUUGACGAAGACGAAAAGGAGAUGCUGAGUGAAGCUCGAGCUCGUUUGGCGAAUACACAAGGAAAGAAAGCAAAGAGAAAAGCUAGGGAACGACAGCUGGAAGAAUCUCGGAGACUUGCUGUGCUUCAGAAGCGUCGUGAACUCAAAAAUGCUGGUAUCAACAUCAAGGUUGUUACUCGAAAGAAGGGUGAGAUGGAUUACAAUGCCGAUAUCCCGUUCGAAAAGCCGGCAGCCCCUGGUUUCUACGAUACUAUGGAGGAAGAAGCGAGGAAUGAGAGACAGCGCGAAAUGUUCGACCCCCGUAAGCAACAGCUUGCCAACAAGCGCAAAGGAGACCAAGACGAGGAGGCGGAGCGCAAGAAGAGGAAAAAUGAUAAGAACGGCAAUUCUGCAGCUUCUGCAGCAGCAGCAAGAGCUGGGCAAAUGCAGAAGAUCCGCGAGGCGGAGCAGAGUAGCAAAAGAAGAGCUCUUGUCCUACCAAGCCCCCAGGUUAGCGAAAGUGAAAUGGAGGAUAUCAUCAAGAUGGGUAUGGCAGGUGAUAAGGCUAGCAAAAUGGCUGGAGAUGAAGAAAUGACAAGAGGAUUGCUUGGAAAUUAUUCGGCAAUCGUUGGCGGAACACCGAUCAGGACUCCUCGCGCUGCGCCGGAGGAAGAUCAUAUCGCCAAUGAGAUUAAGAACAUCAGAGCCCUUACUGAAACCCAAUCGUCAUUGCUGGGAGGAGAGAACACACCUUUGCACGAGGGAGGAUCUUCUACCGGCUUUGAUGGUAUUGCACCGCGGCGCCAGGAGAUUGUCACCCCGAACCCUAUGGCCACGCCUUUCCGACAGGCCAAUGGUGGUGUCGGUGCGACACCUAUGCGUGGAGGUGUUGGUCCGGGGGCGACUCCUCUACGGACCCCCCGUGACCAUUUCUCCCUGAAUCAGAUGGAAGGCGGCCAACUUGUUGGGAGCACUCCGAAGGAGAUCAGGAUGCACGAGAAUUUUAUGCGUCAAAGCAUUCGCAGCAAGCUUUCCGCGCUGCCAAAACCAAAAGAAACUGAAUGGGAACUGGAAGAACUUCCUUCAGAGUCUGCAGAGCCAACUGUUAGUGAGGAAUAUAGGGAAGAGGAUAUGGCGGAGCGUGACAGGAGGGAAAGAGAGGCGCGAGAAAAGGAAGCACAGGCUGAAUUAAAGCGUCAAUCACAAGUCUAUCAGCGAUCACUGCCCCGUCCGAGCGUUCUAGAUAUAGAUGCGCUGGUCGGACGUGCGUCGCAAGUGACGGAUCCGAUUGUCGGUAUGAUCUCCAAGGAGGCUGCUUUGCUCAUUGCCCACGAUGCUAGAAAAUUCCCCGUACCCGGUGCUAAGGUAGAGGGCAAAGCACGGAAGGUGGAACGAUUUGACGACACGUUGAUGGAAGCAGCUCGCAGGGCUAUUGUCACUGAAGCCACUUCCGAUGAAAAGAAACCGGAGUGGACAGAGGACUUCGAUGCACAGUGGACAACUACACACUCGAAGACUCUUCCAGGUCUUUCCAAUUAUGCCGACGACGAAGAGGACGAGUACCAACAAGAGCAACGCAUGAUUAGUGUUUUUGAUAAUGUGCAAGCCUCUCUGCUUGCCACAGCCGAGAGAGGAAACAAACUUGAGAAGAAACUUGCGCUACAUUACGGUGGGUAUCAAAACCGGGCGAAGAUGCUACGGACUAAGAUACUUGAAGCCAGCGCUGCCUUGGAGAAGUCAAAGGAUGAGCUAGAUGCAUUCCGUAACCUGCAGAUUUCUGAGGAGGCAGCCAUUUCUACGAGGCUAGAGAAGCUGCGGGACGACGUGGCCUUUGUCAUGAGAAGAGAACGUGAAGCUCAAGAAGUAUACCGGACCCGAAAAGAGGAGCUUGGUGAACUCGUUGCAGGGACCGGGGGGAUGAAACCCGCUAGACCGAUCGAGUAUCACUCCCCUGGCACGAUGGGUGUCAGAGAUUCCCAUGGGGAGGCAACCGCGACGCCGGACCCCGUUGAGAAGGGGUUUGCCACCCUCAAUACCAUUCGAAUCGGUGUUAAGGCUAUGGUUCAGAAGGAUGGAGAAUUGAGAAAAGCCGAAAUCUUGUCUAUCAGACAGCGCAAAGAUGGUCCAAGCUUUUACGUCCAUUACGUCGAUUUCAAUAAGCGUCUCGACGAGUGGAUUGAUUCCGCAAGGAUUGAUUUAUCUCACGAGGUUGAGUGGCCGCAGCCUGAAAAACCAGAGAAGAAGAAAGCAGGCCCUGGUAACAAAGCACCAAGCAAGAAUGCUCAGAAGCGUGCAAGAGCCGGAAGCCGCGAGGUUUCGGCAACCCCUGAUCUUUUGACGGGCAAAAAUACCAAUGUUGGCAAGGCACAGCGUCCAUCUAAGGCAGGCGGGAAAGAAAACCGUGACGAGACGCCUGCCAAUUUGUCAGUCUUAGACUCGGAAGCCAUUUCUGCAGACGUGACCCCUAAGCCCGAAUUGGAAGAUGUUGAUAUGAUCGGCGUCAGUUUCACAGAUACCAAGGAGGAGCAUGAACAAGGUAAAAUGUCGCGCGAAGAGGAAAUCGAACGAUUGCGUACAAGCGGGAGUAUGACACAAAAUCCCACGGAAAUUCACCGUGUGCGUAACUUGAAUCGUCUACAAAUGGGCAAGUUUGACAUUGAGCCGUGGUACUUCUCUCCUUAUCCUGCCUCCUUCUCAGAUGUCGACAUGAUCUACAUUGAUGAAUUUUGCUUGAGUUAUUUCGACAACAAACGCGCUUUUGAGCGCCACCGUGCGAAAUGUACCCUAGUGCACCCCCCUGGGAACGAGAUCUAUCGUGAUGAUCAUAUAUCAUUCUUUGAAGUGGACGGUCGACGCCAGCGUACCUGGUGCCGCAACCUUUGUCUUCUUAGCAAGCUCUUCCUUGACCAUAAAACACUCUACUACGACGUCGACCCUUUCCUAUUCUACUGCAUGGCCACUCGAGAUGAGACCGGUUGCCAUCUGGUGGGCUAUUUUUCCAAAGAAAAAGAUUCCGCAGAAGGUUAUAACCUCGCUUGUAUCUUGACUUUACCACAAUACCAGCGUCUAGGCUACGGGCGACUGCUUAUUUCCUUCAGUUAUGAGCUCAGCAAGCGAGAAGGAAAGCUUGGCUCUCCAGAAAAGCCCCUCAGUGACCUGGGUCUGCUAAGUUACCGGCAAUACUGGCGAGAAACACUCGUAGAGUUACUCAUAGAGCCGGGCCGAGAGUCCAUGAGUGAGAACGAGCUUGCUGUGUUAACAUCCAUGACCGAGAAGGAUGUGCAUGAGACGCUAGUCGUGUUCAAUAUGCUUAGGUACCACAAAGGAAACUGGGUUAUCGUCCUCACGGACCAAGUCGUCGAACAACACAAUAAGCGUCUUGAAAAAGAGAAAAUUAAAGGGUCGCGCAAAAUUGACCCUGCACGUUUGCAAUGGAAGCCUCCAGUUUUCACAGCUUCAAGUCGAACAUGGAAUUGGUGA